AGGGGCAUUGCGCGGAGCUGCUGACAGGUAGAUGAGCUGUGCGCUGUCCGCGGUGCUGAAACCUCCUCCAGCUGCACCCACACCGGAGAUUCCCCCACCUCAGGUUAGACCUGAGCUCCGAUCAUCUCCGCCGGCUCAAGCUCUCCACAAUCCCACCUCAGUUUCUCAAAUAAUAGAACAAUAAAAAAGGAGGAGAAAAAAAUCCAAGUUGUGAUCUUCGGUGGUGCCUUUUUCUUAUCGCGGGCUGGAUCUUAAGAUGGCACUGCACGGAUUAACAUUGCGCAAGGCAAAAGCGGACUUAUUUGACUGCUGUUUUGUGACUGUGAAAGCAACCCUUUCAGACUGAACGCCUCUCUCGUCUUUCUCCAUUUUUUUUUCUGGCGCAUCUAUUUUAUUUUUUAGUUUGUUUCUACUGGACACAUGCUUUUCGCUGAAGAGAAAUAGGCGCCUUAUUUCUGGAUUAAUAUCUUAACAAUAUGCUUUUUAAUGCUGCACUUAUAUUUGUUAUAGUAUUGUAGAAAUUGUUUUCAGAAGAUAAUUUGGAUAUGGAGCCAGGAAAGGAGAAAGCUCUCCCCACCAGUAAAGAGGGGAUGAAACAAAUGGCAGGAAAGGCCCUCGGGGCUCUGUACAGGAGACUCGAAAAGCGGCAGCAAACAGGUGAAGCGAUCGAGCUGACGGAGGAUGGGAGACCGCGAGCGGACGAGGAGCGGAAGACGCCCCUGUGUGACUGCACGUGCUUCGGGCUGCCGCGCAGAUACAUCAUCGCUAUGCUGAGCGGGCUCGGCUUCUGCAUCUCCUUCGGUAUCCGGUGUAACUUGGGUGUGGCCAUCGUCAGCAUGGUCAAUAACAGCACAAUCCACCAAAACGGGAAGAUAAUCAUCAAAGAGAAAGCGAAAUUCAACUGGGACCCGGAGACUGUGGGGAUGAUUCACGGUUCCUUCUUCUGGGGCUACAUAGUUACUCAGAUUCCAGGAGGGUACAUCUCCUCCAGGCUGGCUGCAAACAGAGUUUUUGGUGCUGCCAUCGUGCUGACAUCUACCCUGAACAUGUUCAUUCCCUCUGCCGCCCGGGUCCACUACGGAUGUGUCAUCUUUGUGAGGAUAUUACAAGGGUUGGUGGAGGGAGUGACUUACCCGGCCUGCCACGGGAUCUGGAGUAAAUGGGCUCCGCCGCUGGAAAGAAGUCGUCUGGCAACCAUCUCGUUUUGUGGAUCAUACGCCGGCGCAGUGAUCGCCAUGCCUCUGGCUGGGAUCCUGGUCCAGUAUACUGGAUGGUCCUCUGUCUUCUAUGUGUAUGGAUCCUUUGGGAUAUUUUGGUACAUGUUCUGGAUUUUGGUGUCCUAUGAAAGCCCGGCAGAACAUCCAACAAUCACCGAGGAGGAGCGCCGUUACAUCGAGGAGAGCAUUGGCGAAAGUGCCCAGCUCAUGGGUGCGAUGGAGAAAUUCAAGACUCCCUGGAGGAAAUUCUUCUCUUCUAUGCCUGUCUAUGCAAUCAUUGUGGCCAACUUCUGCAGAAGCUGGACCUUUUAUCUGCUUCUCAUCAGUCAGCCUGCAUACUUUGAAGAAGUUUUUGGCUUUGAGAUCAGCAAGGUUGGAAUCGUGUCAGCUCUCCCUCACUUGGUCAUGACCAUCAUCGUGCCUUUAGGAGGUCAGCUAGCAGACUACCUGCGAACCCACAACAUCAUGUCCACCACUACGGUCCGCAAAAUCAUGAACUGUGGAGGCUUUGGCAUGGAGGCUACUCUUUUACUAGUGGUUGGGUAUUCCCACAGUAAGGGGGUGGCCAUCUCUUUCUUAGUUCUGGCGGUGGGAUUUAGCGGUUUUGCAAUAUCAGGUUUCAACGUGAACCAUCUAGACAUCGCCCCUCGCUAUGCCAGCAUCCUCAUGGGCAUUUCCAAUGGCGUGGGAACACUGUCAGGGAUGGUCUGCCCUCUUAUAGUGGGAGCAAUGACAAAAAACAAGACUCGUGAAGAGUGGCAGUAUGUCUUCCUCAUUGCUUCUCUCGUGCAUUACGGAGGCGUGAUAUUUUACGGGCUCUUCGCAUCGGGGGAGAAACAGCCAUGGGCUGACCCUGAAGAAACCAGCGAAGAGAAGUGCGGUUUUAUAGAUGAGGACGAGCUGGCAGAGGAGACGGGCGACAUCACCCAGGGAUACGGUGCGAUGGGAGGUCCGGCUAAAAGCUACGGGGCCACGGGGCAGCUGAACGGAGGCUGGGUGCAGGACUGGGAUAAAACGGAGGAAUACGUACAGGAGCCAGCGGGAAAGAUGUACACCCAACGCGGCUACUCUUAAACCAGACAGUUGUGGUGAGUCUGCCCACGAAAACAGACUCAUCAUCACCAGUUGCACAAGCAUUAUAUUAGAUGUUUAAAUCCAUUCUGUAUGUUAAAGUAAAAGAAGAUUCAAAAGCCACUGUAAAGAAGUAGUUGCAAUGCAGAACAAUCCUCAUUAGAGCCUCAUGUUUCUCAUCACAUGUACCUACAGUAGGGCUUCACUAUACAGACAGCAGUCGUACUAUUUAGGACCCAAAGCUCAUCAAUCUACUUGAACAAGACAAGCCAGACGAAACUGCAGUCGACCAUCAUGUAGGGUCUUUCUCUGAAAUACUACUCUGAUUGCACUGAAACUAUGAAAGUAUUCUAAAAACAAGAUUCUGUUUCUCAAAUAUGUUUUAUGUACUGUAUAUACCUGCAUACUGUUUCUGUGAGACUAUUGUGAAUUUUGGGUCGUUGAUCUGUGUGAACAUUAAUAUAAAAGGCCAUAUUUUUCAUGGACAGUACCUCUUCAGGGAGACGUCUGCUUGCAAAAAAGGUCUUCUUCUUCUCGAGUGAGGCCUGUAACACAAUAUAAGACAAAAAUAGCGUGAGUGAAGUUGAACCGUAGAGUUUUAGUGUGUGUUUGUUGCAUGACUUUUGCUCAGAUCAAUGUUUCAGACGCGGCCGCCUCACAGCCACCGAUAGUCCUCAUUCAGCCUACUUCUUUGUUCUUAGAUUCAAGCGUCUCCCGCCAUUAUAAAUAAUAAGAGGAAUUUUCGUAAUCAGGUUCCGGUCGUGACGUGAGACAAAUCAAAAAAGUUGUGAAGGCAACUGCUGCUCAGAAAACAUUGACUAUUGAUGUUUGGUGUGCACUGCAAUAAAUUCUGUGUACCAGCUGCCACCCAUUACAUUCUGUUUUGUAACGUGACACUGGCUUGCUGUAUCUUAACUGUAAUUGUUUUUGGAGUCAUGUGAUGAUCAACAUUAAGGUGUGUGUUUUAACAAAUUACAAUUAGUGUCUGGAGAUCCCCAGCUUUAGUGCUCAUGACGCAGGAGGAAUGCACUGCUGUGUAUGAACAACCACGUUUUGUGAGCCCCUGGUGUCCCUUGGUUAUUGUCAUUGUCACCAAAAAGUACUUUAUUGACACAUUGAUAUCGUCGCAUAUGAGUGGACCACAUGGAUUAAUAGAUGGCUCUUCCACCUGACUUUAUUUGCUGUUUAAACACUUUGAUUCAUUUUGCUGUAUGAAAAAUCUGCAAGGAUGUUUAAAAUAUAUGAAUAUUUAAGAAUGUUUAUGAUGACCAAAAGAUGCUAUUACGGCUUUGUGCCUAAAGAUUAUGUAAACAGAUAAAUGUGAUUUUAUGGCUUCUAAUAUUGUGUUUAAUGAAGAGGUAUGUUGAUGUCAAAAGGUGUUAUAAAAAAAUACUCAUAUCAUUUUAUAAAAAAAAAAAAAAA